CUUACGUGUCAGCUUGAUCAGAGAUUUGCUAUUGAUACAAUCGACGUGAGGGAUUUGUAAAUAGUAUAUUCUUAAAUGAGUGAGGAUGUGACAUUGAUGAUAUCCGAUGAGAGACUGAUGUAGGGCAUUUUGUGUCACUCGAAGGAAAAGGAAGACAGAGAAAGGUCCAGAAUACAGAAAAAACUAAAGCAACCGAGCAAAAAGGUGUAUGCCCGAGUAGGAUUUUUCUUUCUCACUUGAAAAUUGUGUAGAUACGAUAGUGCCUGAUGAAGAUACUGCUGAAAUGACUAAUCAGAAAAAGUUUGACGAGAAGGGGGUGGAUUACAUCCUUGGUGACUCGGAAAUAGUAAGCCUAUCCUCCCGGGCGUCCGAUGGUGAUGAUGAGGAUCACUUCUUCAUCGACCACGAUCAGGUCAACAAAAACGAUGACCACGGAAGCAAUAGCGCAGUGGUUAUCGAACUUGAACCGUUACGUCAACCAUUAAAUGGAAGGCGCUAUCGAGCCGAGACUCAUGAAGAUGUCGGCAAUGAUACCGACAACGAACACAACCAAGGCAAUAAUGGUGGCGUAGAUCAUUCUGAAGAUCAGCCGAAGAAAAAUGGAAUCAGAAUCUUUUUAGCUGUAAAAGCUACUCAUUUCCUCUUUGGUGGUGGUCAGGUGAGCUUGACGCCCUUCCUUCCGGUCUAUAUGUCAUAUCUUGGCCUUUCUGUGAUAGAGAUUGGUACAGUCACCACCCUUGGACCUUUCUUUGGCGUUGUGGCGUCCUUGCUAUGCGGGACAAUAUCGGAUAAGUUUAGUAAGCACAAAGCGAUGCUUCUCAUGUGCCUCUAUGGAACAGCUAUAGUUUACGGGAAUUCUGUUUUCAUGCCCUUUCUUUUACCACAAAUCAGUACUGGCAUAAAUUCACAUCAUACCGAACUAAACGCGACCAACUCAACAUGUAACACAGGACAGAUAUUUAGUGUCUUCUAUCGCCAGCAUCUAAAUAUGACAAAAGGGAUUCCUCCUUGUAAAUUCCAGAACGUAACGUACUCGGAAUUCAAGGAGUUAGUGGAUGAAAAUGCUUGCAAGUUCUCAAAUAUCAAGAUUCUAAAUACAUCUACUGCUGCAGCGUUUCUGGAGGAUAUCCUUGAAUGUUCAUUCAUUAGCCUUGCAACAGAUACAGAUUCUGAUCGCGAGAAUAGGGGAGAUGAGAACAUGGAUGGUGCUGCUCCAGACGAUACAUGUGUGUUUCAUGAUGACUUGUCAAAGGCAUGUGAAUACCAAUAUCAUAUGCAUGUAAUAGAGUGCAAUAAAUAUCUAUUAGUAAAAUGCAACAAUUCCUCAUUCAGCAAGGCACUACUGGAGAUAAUAAACGGGACGACUCAAUUGCUAGAUCAAGGCAACUAUGAAAUAAUCUCCCAGGAGGGAAAUUAUGACAUUUUUGUGAUUAUGUUUCUGAUAUGCGUCAUUGGUAGAAUGUUUCAAGGCUCAGCUGAAACUCUUAUUGAUACGUUUACGAUUACACUCAUCGAUGAAUAUAAAGAAACGGGACAAAAUUUUCAGUACGGGCGCCAACGAAUGUUUGCAAGUAUAGCAUAUGGCGCUCUUGCACCUCUCUCAGGUAUCGCUGUAUCCGCAUAUACUGCUGCCCAUCCAAACGCAUUCAACUCGUAUCUUCCCGCAUUUGUUCUUUUUAUAACCUUAUUUGCACUCUGUGCAGCAACUGUUUCUUUUAUCCCAAUCCGCGUUAAGCAACGGACCACGAAAUCUUUAGCCAGGGACGCGAAAGAUGUCCUUUUGAAACCAAAGGUGAUCGUUUUCUUUACCGUCAUGCUGUCAAUGGGAAUCAUGUUUGCGUUCAUCGAGACCUAUUUAUUUUUGUUUCUUGCAGAAAUAGAUGGAGAGGCAACUGUUAUGGGUUUGUGCUUGACAGUUUCUUGCGCAUCAGAGGUUGUCUUUUUGACGUAUGCAUCAAAGAUCAGAGAAAAGAUUGGCCACCGAACUGUUCUUGGAAUUGCUCUCAUCGGCUUCUCAUUAAGGUCUCUCGGCUACUCGCUCCUGCAGAAUCCUUGGACCGUCCUACCAAUUGAACUUCUUCAUGGGAUCACCUAUGGGUUAAUGUGGCCGACUGCAGUCUUCUUUAUCCAUCAAAGCUCCCCUCCCGAACUGGCGGCCACCAUGCAGUCACUCACGUUCAGCACCUUGUUCGGUUUAGGAAAGGGAGUCGGAAUCAUUCUUGGCGGAGUCAUCUACGACAACUUUGGAGCCAGGAAUCUAUUUAGGGGAUCUGCCAUUUUGUCUUUCGUGACACUCGUCUUGUAUUACAUCAUCGACAUCAUCCUUGACAAACGAGAAAGAUCCCAUGACAAGCUGUGAAUAUUAACCUGACUUUUUAAAGGGACAAAGAGUUAGGAGUCAAGGGGCAAUUUGUUUGUUAUAUUGGCAAAGAAUGUGAAAUAGAAUGGUUUAGUGUAUUGUUUUAAGGACUAUAUCAUAUUAGACCUCAGCAAUACAUGCCACAUCCUAUACUACGGCGCAAGAUCAGGGUUUACCUAUCAUGGCUAUAGAAGGCUACAUCACUCGAAGAAGAGAGGUCGACGAAUUGCUGUCCACACGUCUGAUCCGACCAAGGAUAAUGAAGUUUAAUAGAAACCCUGAAAGGCGCAGUGAGGAAAUCCAGAUGUGCAAGAAGGGACAAGCUGUUCUCAGUAGAUUAGUUUAAGAAACAUAUAACGUGAAAAUUUUGACU